AUGGAACAGCUCACAGUGAUAUUCCUGCUGUCACUGCCUGUGAAAGUGAAGCAUGUGCUCAAAACUCAGCCUCGCAAUGACAACAGACUCAAGCCUCAAGUCUUCAAUGGGAAUGUGAUCACCUAUGAUGCCUGCAGCUUCUGCAUUUGGCUUCUUUCAGCAGGUCAAAAGGACAGGCUGGAAUUAAUAUUGGUCACAUGGACAUUCUCGUUAUUAUACGAUAUCAUGCCUGCUGGGGUGGGUGCAAAUGAGGAGGUUGAUGAAGGGGAGAAAUGGAGACAGAGCGAAAAUAAGCAAUACAAGCUCCACCACUACACACCGCACACGUUGAUAUAUCUCUGCCUAUUGGAUGAAGGCAACAACAAGGUGUUCUUCGGACUGGCCUUUGACAAUAAGUGCCUCGAGUUGCUCAACAAUCUGAAGAUCAGAGGUCUGAUACUGGAAAUUUGGAACUGA